GUCGUUACAUUUCCAUGAUUUUUCGUUCCAUUGUUAAACUCUGCCUGCAUGCAUUCUUCCCCUCUGCGCAUCAACUCGCCUUAUUUCACCUCCUCACUAGCAUGGUUGAAUAGGUCUCUAGGGAACUCUGAUCGCAUUGAAAACACUUUUCUCCACCUUUUCUUUCCCACCAACUCUUCUUCUACCCCCCGCUUGGUGCUAAGCCCUUACUAUCGUCGUCCAAAAGGAUGUCCUUCGGUCUUUCUGUGGGCGACUUCAUUACUGGAGCGAAGCUCGCUUGGGAUCUCUAUCACAAAUGCUUCCUGGUGGCCAAGGAUGCGCCGAAUGAGUUUCUCGAGUUAAUGCGGGAAAUUGGCUCCCUUCGCGGAGUCCUUAAAUGCAUCGAAGAUGAGAUCAACACUCGCCGGAUAGACGAGUCUCGGCAACUCGCUAUCAGGCGAACAAUGGAUGGUACAACACGGACACUCCGAAGACUCGAAGCCCUAGUACUCAAGUAUAGAAAACUGUGGUCUAGCGAUGGGUUACAUUUUUGGAGGAGGAUAGGAUGGGUUCGCGAACAGCAGGACAUAGAGGGGUUUAGAGUACGGAUCAUGGUAUAUACUUGUACAUUGAAUCUUUGCGUCAGCUCAGUUGGAGAAUCGACAAUUAACACGAUAGAAAGGGACUUCCAGCUGGCUCUUCAACAGGAGCGCCUACACAACCCGGAUGGUGCCCUUGUAUCAGGCUUCCUGCGGGAUUCGCGAAGAGCAAGCCAAAUAUCCCGUUACACGGACCAGUACAGUCUCUCCCAGCGAGACGGCUAUGACUCUCCAAACACCAGCCCAACAACUCCGGACAGCCCUCGCCCGCCCAGCGUGCGCCCCACCAGCCCACUGGGAUCAGUGAACUCGACCACCACAGACCUCAUAGAUUUUAGCACAGAUGUGGACCAGGACAGUUCCGCUGCGAGUGUACUGGAUGUACUCGCUCGCGCAAGCGAUCUACUUUCGAACUGCCCUGACCGGGGAUCCAUUCUGCCGCCACCGGUGAUGCUAGACUGGGACCCACCGAGUCUGGAGAACCUGGUAUCCGAUUCGAUGAAUCGCAGGUUCUUGACGAGGGCCAGGAAGGGAACUGAAGAUCGGCGGAUUCCGACUGAAGACCUGCUGAGGACAGGCACUUGGUGGGUUUUAAAGUCAAGAAACGCCGUCCGCCUCCUGGGCGGCUUGGUUCCUGAUGCGAGCUCUACGUCUUCCAGUGGCCCCAAUUCGGGCCUACGCCAGGCGUAUCUGGACCUUAUGAAAGCCUCCUGGAUCCUGUACAACUACCUCCUCUCAGAUCCGGAUAAUACCAUCAACAUGUCCGACGAGGAUAUCAGAUCCUUCUCCACCUUGCAAGAUGCGAUUGACCAAGACUUUGAAAACUUCCGCCAAGCAGAUCUUUCUGCCGACGGCAUCGAAGAUAAUAUGAUGUUGAAUGAUAAAAUUUGGGAGCUCAAACAGCCAAGAGAAGUCGCCCCCGAUGGGCGGGAGAAUAAUCCACUACUUGAUCCAGGAAGAUGGUUAACAAUUGAGGACAAUCAUGCUGGCGGUGCUGAGCUCGGUAACAAACGCGUCAGGGUGAAAACCAGAGACGCGCGUUACAUGUUGGUUCUUUGGACGCAGGAAGGGCAGAGCGAACUAAAGAUUACGCUGUGUAAUCAGAGUGGGACAUUGAAGAUCUCAAGAGAUAUCACACCGGAGGACAUUAGACCUUUCCUGAUGGCGGAUGAGGCAUCGAAUGUGCCGCCUGCAGUGGACAUUGAGUUCCCAGAGAUGGAGACCACGAUCCACUUCUUGCACAUUUGUGACUUCCGCAAAUUCAUCGAGAUACCAGCACGCUACUUUGACGCAGUUCAAGAGCGUAAUCCUAUCUCCGGCAACGAAACUGAAAUAUACCGACGUGCCCUUCAACGCCUCGAACUGCUCCACCCAAACACGAAAAAGCCCAUAAGCCCCGACCAAGUUUUCCAUUCGGUUGAUCUGCGUGUCUACGAGACCACCGGAGAAGAGGGUUGGAUGACUACUCGUCGCCUAGUCAUUAGCAGCUCCGCCCGCGCAGCGCAGUUCUGGUGUACAAGCUAUUUCUUGCCGUUGAGCGGGGUGCAGGUGAGGAGCGAUGGAGCACAGAAAUUAACAGUUAGGUGGUCCGACUGUGGACAGAGGGUUUCGGCUGCAGACGGGUCGUUUAAUGAACUCAUUUCUUAUGUCUAUAAUGAGGAGAAGCCAAAUAGAUGUUUGGGUUUGGGGUUUGGGUCCAUCGAUGAUGCCAAUAGCUUUGAGGAGGUGGUUUCAAAAUUGACUUUAAGAGAGAAAUAUCGAUGGGACUCCACACAGGAGAGCCGCUAUAUCUAUUCCAUCCGAAACCCAACUGACAACGCAGAAAGAUUCAAGGGAUUACUUAUCAGACACCGUGGCUUUGAGUGGAGGUACUCUGAAGUAUUUUACCUGCCCCGAGACCUAGAUUUUGAACUCAAGGACAAGGGCCACAGGCUUCGACUUUUAAAAGCGUACUACACAAAUUACGUUUCGGACCAUGUGGGGAAAUAUCUCGAUUUGGAGCCGGGGAAGCAGCCGAAGUUUUCGCGUUGCGAAAAGAAGAUUGAUUCCGUCAACCUAUGUUUCGGAACUAUCGAGGAUGCGCAAGGUCUCCUCCGUCAUAUAGCCGAUAGAUGGGAACUAAAGUUCGCCCGCCAAAUCGCCCGUGUAUCCUACAAACCGACGAACCAAAGGUCCUUCUUCCGGGUAGCCACCUCCUCCGGCUUCGGCCCGGCGGAUCUCUCACUGUGGAAGAGAGGAGACACGCAACGCUUGGUCAUCCGCAGAUCCUCGCCCUCCUCUUCCGCAGAACUAUACCUAACGGCCGUUCUACGUAUGGAUUUCGACCACGAUUUUGAAAAGAUGGUGAUAGAAAAGAACGUGGAGAUCGCGAAGGGGGAGUUGGUGGAUAUCGCCACUAUGGAGGCGGUGAGUGGAGGUACUGGGAGUCGAGGGGGCGUGUCGGUGAAAGCGGGCCAGACUUUGACGAUUGAGUUUGCGACGGUUCGAGAUAUGGAGGCGCUCGCGGAGGUGCUACAGCCAAGUCUGCUCUAGAAAUAAUAAUUAUAUUGAAAUUUAAUCCUCUUCUUCCAUCCUUCCUUCUCCCCUUCCUUCUACUUUACCACUGGCAACCAAGAUACAACCUCUGUCAUUCUUUAAGUGCGUCAAUAUCUUGGUGGGAGCGGGUUUUCUCUAUGGUCUUGUUUUGUUCUAUUUCCGUCUUUUUUUCCCCUGCUUGGUGGGGAGGGCCAAGAGUCUAUAGGUUCAGGUAUUCUAUAGUGGAGUUUUAGCGUUCUGGUGCGAUACUGUACGUCGCUUUACAAGGAGAUAAUUUAAUUUUGUUUCCUCCA